AUGAAGCGCUUCUUCCAGCCCGUGCCCAAGGACGGCUCCCCGUCGAAGAAGCGGCACGCGGCGGCCGCCGAACCGGGCGACGGCCCCGCCUCAGCCGGCGCCGCCACCGGCGCUGGCGCUGGCGGGGAUGGAGAGGGGAGGCCCGCCGAGGAGCCGCGCAAGUUGCUGACGUGGAACGCCAACAGCCUGCUCCUUCGGAUGAAGAGCGACUGGCCCGCUUUCUCGCAGCUCGUCGCCCGCCUCGACCCCGACGUCAUCUGCGUCCAGGAAGUGCGGAUGCCAGCGGCUGGUUCCAAAGGGGCACCUAAAAACCCCAGUGAACUAAAAGAUGACACAAGCUCUUCACGGGAUGAAAAGCAGGUUGUUCUGCGUGCUUUGUCAACUUCACCCUUCAAAGACUACCGUGUCUGGUGGUCUCUUUCAGAUUCAAAAUAUGCUGGGACAGCUAUGUUUAUAAAGAAAAAGUUUGAGCCUAAGAAGGUGUCUUUCAACUUGGAUAGAACAUCUUCUAAGCAUGAAACCGAUGGGCGCGUUAUAAUUGCGGAAUUUGAAUCAUUCCUCUUACUAAACACUUAUGCUCCAAACAAUGGAUGGAAGGAGGAGGAAAAUUCAUUUCAAAGAAGACGUAAGUGGGACAAGAGGAUGCUGGAAUUUGUUCAACAUGUGGACAAACCCUUAAUCUGGUGCGGGGACUUGAAUGUCAGUCAUGAAGAAAUCGACGUCAGCCAUCCUGAUUUCUUUAGCAGUGCUAAGCUCAAUGGAUACACCCCACCCAAUCAAGAGGACUGUGGGCAGCCAGGAUUCACCCCAGCAGAGAGGCGGCGCUUUGGCAACAUAUUAUUCCAGUAG